CCACACACCAUCACGCGCGCGCGCGCACCUAUAUAUCCAGCCGCGCGCUGCCUCGCUCCGAUCCGAAGCAGACACACCGCAGGUCGAUCUCCUGAACCGACGCGACGCUCGAUAGUCGAUACGCCGGCCGCGAUCGGCCAUCCGACCACAUCAUCAGUUGAUCCACACACCACCCACCACCCACGAGCGGAUCGGAAACCCCCUUGCCGUGAGUUACUGCCACCGAUCGACCGAGACCGUACCUCUCGUCUCGAUCGCGCGAUCGAGCGCGCAAUGAAGCUCUUCAUGUGCUUCGGCGGUGCGGCGGCCGUCGCCGACGACGAAGCGGCGGCGGCGGCUCGCCGCCGGGACCAGCGAGGCCGCCGGAGCCUUUCGUUCCGGGGGAAGUUCUUGCCCGGUAACAAGGGCAGCAAGAAGAAGUCACCGCGGGGCGAGUCCAUGAAGGGCGGGAUGGACGCGGACGACGUCGUCUACGGCGGCGUGCUCGGGCUCGGCCCGUCCACGGCAUCGUCGGUGGCGUCCUCGGCGCUGCAGAGCUCCGCGGCGUCGCUGGACUCGGGCUACUCCUCCUCAUCCUCCGCGUCCUCUCGUUCCUCGACCGCCUCGUCCUCGGCGUCCGUCUCGGGGGUGCUUUUCCCGCCGGCGGUGAACCGGCAGCAGGAGAAGAAGGGUUCGUCCCCGGCGGCGGGCGCGGCGGCCGUGGUCCUGUGCCUGCUGAUGGUGGUGUUCUUCGGCCGGGUCGGGGCCACGCUGCUCACGUCCGCGGCGCUCUACCUCUUCCCGAGGCGAUGGCCCGGGAGGACGCAUGGGAAGGAGAAGGACGGCGUCAACUCGCUGGAGUCCGACGCCGAGGAGGAGACUGGCGAGGAGGAAGGUGGUUACGGAUCAGGGGUUCUUGAUGAGGAACCGCAAGAAGUGAUGAACUGAUGAUACCGUAAUUUAUUUUUUUUCCACUUCCUUUUUGUUCGGAUGAGAAGGAAGAGUUUUGCACUAACUAAUUGUUUUUGUCCAAGAGUUUACUAUGUAAAUAUAAUCUGCGGACAUAAUGUAUAACCAAAGAAACUUACACAAAGAUAGUUUGUAGCAGUGUGAUAUUUCUGUAACAAAACCGAUGUUGAAAGGUAAAAAAAAAGCUAAGACUUGUGUUAA